GUAGUACACUAAUUUUUAACCCUUCGUUAUCUGUCAUGUUUGCAAAGUUUAGCAAAAUGUCGUGUAAGCUAGCUCUUGUCCAGCUGGCAGUCGGUGCCUCGAAGCCGGACAACUUAGCACGUGCAUCACGACUCAUCAAAGAGGCGGCGUCGAAAGGGGCCAACAUCGUUGCCUUACCGGAAUGUUUCAAUUCGCCGUACGGGACUUCGUAUUUCCCGGAAUACGCCGAACCAAUUCCAGGACCAUCGACGGACACUUUAGUGAAAUCUGCUCAAGAAAACAAGAUAUAUUUAGUGGGAGGUUCAAUUCCAGAAAAAGAUGGAGAUAAGAUUUAUAACACCUGCACGGUGUUUGAUCCAAGCGGAAAUAUGAUCGGAAAACAUCGUAAAAUGCAUUUGUUUGAUAUCGACGUGCCCGGAAAAAUACGAUUUCAGGAGUCAGAAACAUUGAGUCCUGGGGACGACUUCACGAUGGUCGACACUCCGAUGUGUAAGCUCGGUAUUGGAAUAUGCUAUGAUAUCAGAUUUGCUGAAAUGGCCCAGAUUUACGCAAAGAACGGAUGCAAACUUCUGAUAUACCCCGGCGCCUUCAACAUGACGACCGGUCCCAUCCAUUGGGAGCUCCUUCAGCGAGCACGUGCACUAGAUAAUCAGGUGUUCGUUGCAACAGUAUCCCCAGCCCGUGAUGAAAACGCGUCCUACGUCGCAUGGGGCCACAGCACGGUGGUCAGUCCCUGGGGCGACGUCAUGGCGACCACGGAACACCAAGAGGACAUUGUUUAUGUUGAUAUUGACUUUGGAAGACUGGAUGAAGUCAGAAGCCAAAUUCCAAUCACAGUACAACGUAGAAAUGACCUGUAUAAUGUUGAAACGACAAAGAAGUCAAACUAAGUGACUACCUAACUAAUUUCCAUUGUUUUGUUUCUGUGACUUUUGCAAGUGUUUGAAAUUGUGGAUCCACUCUAAAACACAUGGAAUAGCAUCCCCGACAUCCCAGCUUAUUCACAGCAUAUAUGAUAUAAAUACGCUGGGGUGAAAUAGCUGCAUAAUCUAUGGGUUUUUAGUUGCAGUGCAUUGAAUAGUUUAUCAGUGAAACUCAGGUUGUGUCACAUUUUAUAUAUAUUGAUAGUCGUUAUCCUCGUGAAGAUUGUGAAAGUGUGCUUUAUGAUUCAAUUAUACAUGUAUGUUAUCGUAUACAAUACUUAAUCUCUUUGGUGUGUAAAAGUUUGAUUCCGUAUAAUCGAAGAUCCUGUAACGAAUAUGUCGUGGCUUUACUGAACAUUCAAUUUCAACUAAUUUAUAAAUGAGACAAAAUAAUCAAUGAAAUAUAUGUUGCAUCAAUUAUGAA